AUGAGCUUCAUAAAUUUUAUCAACCGAGUUCUCUUACGCAAUAUAUCAUAUUUGCAUACAUUCCGCCUGAGAUGCACUGAGAGCUAUAAUGUUUCAAGUCUUAAUUUUUUUGUUUCUACUGCACUAGCACGUAAUCUGCGUGAACUUCAUCUUUUCUUCAAAAUGGAAGGCUACAAUGAGCUGCCUCGCGAGGUUUUUACUUGUACAAGUCUUGAGGUACCUGAACUGGUUGGUAGUUUUGUUCUCAAUGUCCCUACUUUGGUUUGUCUGCAGAAUCUUAAAAUCCUCCUUGUUGAAGAACUUAAAUUUUCAGAUGAUGACUCAUUUAAUAGACUCUUUUCUGGCUGUCCUCUGCUUGAAGAGUUAUCCAUAAAAGGAUGUGAUUUCAAAAAUAUUAGUGUGCUUCACAUUUCUGCUCCUGCUCUCAAGAGUUUAGUUAUAAGUCACUGGUCCGAGGAUGGCUACAAGCUUGUACUUGAUACACCAAAUCUUCAAGAUCUUAAAUUUUAUGACAACGUAGCAAAAAGCUAUUCAGUGAAUAAAUUAAAUGCCCUUGUCAAUGCCGACAUUAGUUUAAUGUCAAGAGGUGGCCCAGACACUGAAGUCUUAGCAGAACUUGUUGAAGGAAUAUCUAAUGCUAAAUGGCUUCAUUUAUGUUUUUAUACAAUAAAGUUGUGCAGGUCUCCACUGCCAAAAUUUGACCAUUUGACUUGUUUGGAGAUUGGUGAUUCCUAUAAUUGUGUUCCAUGGAAAUUGCUACAGGAUUUUCUUGAAAGCUCGCCGCAACUGGAAGUGCUUAAUUUUGCGGGACUUCUUUUACAAGAUAACUUCCAGGAAAACCAAACAACAUGCAAUUGGUAUCCACCUGAGAAAGUGCCUUCUUGUUUGUUGGUUCACCUAAAGAAGAUUAAAAUUAGGCGGUUUACAGGUAAAAUUGAUGAGCUGAAAAUGGCAGAGUAUUUCUUGAAGAAUUCAAAAGUUCUAGAGAGACUGAAGAUUCGUCUUUCUUCGAUUGGUAGAAGGUCGGCUGAGAUUUGCAUGACGUUACCCCGUGGUUCUGAGAAAUGUCGAGUUGUGGCUUAUUGA